AUGAACGCGACGCUUGCUGCGGCGGCGGCGGCGCAGGGUGGGUGCGGGCGGCGUCCGCUGGGCACUGGCCGGCAGCUGGCCAUCACACUCACGUACGUGCUGGGCGUCGCGGGCAACGUCGCCGCGCUGCUGAUCCUGCGCGGGCAGGCGCGCCACCGCCGCCACGCGCUGAUGCUGCGCUGCCUCGCCGCCAACGACCUGGUCGCGCUCACCGGCAUGCUGCUGCAGCUCUACCUCAAGCUCUACCUGCCCUGCGAGUACUUCUCCGAGUACUGGUCCUGCGUCGUGCGCGUCCUCUGGCGCCUCUUCGGGCUCGGCUCUGGCUGCGUCGCCAUCGUCAUGGCUGUAGAGCGCUGGCUCGCGCUCACGCACCCUUUCUUCUACCAAAUGCACGUGACGUACCACAUGAUAAAACAGUCCAUCUUCAUCCUGUGGGCCGUGGUGCUGGUGCUGGUGUGCCUACCGCUCACCGGAUUUGGAAUCUACUUUGAGGACGGCAAGUGUGUGCGCCUGAGGAAGGCCAAGGCACCCGAGGACGUGGCCUACGCAUACCUCUACUUUACUUUCGGCACGGUGCUGUGCGCGUGCAUCGUGGUGUGCAACCUGGCGGUGAUCCGCGCGCUGUGCCAGCUGGGCUGCCGCGGCCGGCGCCGGCGCCUCGGGGUGCGCAUCCUGCGCCACGCCAGCCGACACGGAGAGCCGGGCGCCGCCUCCGAGAUCAUGUACAACGCCGCCACCACCGAGGAGGUCGCCUUCGCGCGCCUCAUGGCCGUGCUCUGCAUCAUGUUCGUUGUGUGCUGGGUGCCGCAGCUGGAUAAUACUCCAGUUUACAUCACUGCAGGAGUUUCAGGAGGUCUCUUUUUUGCACUUUUUGUGAUAGUCAUCUUCACAUACUGGCAGCUCAGUAGGUUAAUGAAGAGGUUCGAAAAACUGCAGCAGAAGGACAAUAAAGUAUACCAUUACCUGAGCCCAACCAUACAACCAGAUGAAGAAUUAUCCAAAAGAGGAUUCUCCAUGUACACAGGGGAUAACGUGGAUGCUGAAGGUGCACAAAGGUCUUCUAGAAGAAGCAGCAGCAAUUCUGAAGAUAAUCGAUAUAACAUCUCAAACUUAGUGUUUGCGCAUGAAAGGCAAAACAGAGAUACUGAAAGAGAGCAGAGUUCUUCCAGCAGCAGCAGUAAUGGUAGAGACCAAAAUAGCACCUCAAACUUAGUAUUUGCUCAUGACAGGUACUGAAGCUUUGGUGCAUUUAUGAUUAUAUAAAACUGGUUCUACUUGAGAAAGUAUUUGGUACAUUCCUCCAAAUACAGAAGAAAAUUUAGUAUUCAGGGUGCAUAACUACUGAAUGACAAUCCUACCAACUUCAAUCUCAAAUUGACAGUGUAUCUCAUAGAUUUGUGAACUGAAGAAAUAUUUAUUGUAAUUUUGAACAACCCUCAGAUAAGAAGCUGUGAAGCACCUGUUCAAAUAUUAGACAAAUCUAUAUCAUAUUUUACUUUUUAUAUAAUAUUAUUAUUCAUCAUUCUGUUUAAAAUAAGUCAUUCUAAUAGCCAACACAGAACAUUGUUAUGUGUUAAGGAACAACUAUAGUUGAGUUAUCCUGAAACAUUAAAACAAAUUUAGAUCAUAUUUCAGAUUUAUACUUAUCAUUCAUGAUGCUCAUCUCAGCAACAUAUUCUAAUAACAAAUAAAGAAUAUUAUUAUAUAUUAAACAACAGCUUAUCCUACAACAGAUGAAUGCUAUAUUUAACAUGUAAUGCUGAUUAUCACAUCUGAAUCAAAGUUAAGUGAAAAACUUUGGAAAAAACUGUAAAUUCUGUUUCAUUUUCCUUUCUGAGUGCAUAACAAAUAAGACUACAAUGUAAUUGUCAAAGAUUUUACUUAAAAAUGAUUGUAUCACACUGUAAGUUGUCUUUGUAAAUGCAUAUCACUGCACAUUUUAAAAUGCUAUCUUAUCCUAACUAGAUCCUUAAAAUGUAGGACAAUUUUACUCAAAGUAAUAAUUGUAUACAGUCCCUGAUUUGUUUAAGGAUACAUUUUUCUACUCUAAUAUGAAUUCACAUGCAAGAAUUUAUUGUGCAACAUGUUUCACUUAUUGGUUCAUGAAAUAAUUCUGUUGUUUUCAAUGAUAAUUCACUGACAGAUGAGUCAAACACUUUGUUAAAUCACAUGAGAUUUAAUUUUCAUUCCAUGCACUAUAGCUGUGACAUUGAAUGUCACGAAUUACUGCCACUUUUAUUACUGUGUGUGCAUGCAGAAUACGCUGCUUUCAUUCAGAAUGUUUAUUCAUCCCUAGUGAGAAACAGCCUCUAGUGCAAAGCACUGAAUACUUACCAUAUACGUAAAAUUUUAAGCCAACUUAAUGUUAGCCAGCAUAUGUUCUUAUGUUACUAUGAAAUUACUAAAAAUGUACACAUACUUUGCACAAGAAAAUCUUUUGCCUUUUGUUUCACGAAUGAGUAUUGCUUAUAACAACAGAUACACUUGUGACAUUUGAACAACCCUAAUGUGUUUGUUGUUGAUAAAUGAUUCAAAAUAUAGCAUAUUUUUAUCUAAGA